CUUUUCGGUACUCACACCUUUACUUCAUGACCACGUCAACCGCCCCACCUCCCUGCCCCCGUCUCUUGCUCCCCAUAUUGACUUCAUACCCGGCAGCUGCUUCCCAGUUCUAUGCCCUCAAAAAAACACUUUUUCAGAUACACACAUACACUCACUGCUCUCCCCUGACUACCAGCUUCUUGAUUACUCCCCCCUUUUUUUUUUCGCAAGUAAGAAACUUGCCCAAUCACACAAGGCGCUUAAAGAUAACCUCCCCUCUCUUAGUCUCCCUUUGUUACACAAACUGUACAUUUUGUUAGAAAAACAAACAAAAUCAUUAACAUUCUUGUUUACUAUUUGUUAAGUCUCGUAAUUUUUCUCCCUUUCGGAAACGCUACUAAGAACUUCGAGUCUUUCGGACUCGUGUAAUAUCCAGAAAGCCUCGAUCUUUUUUUUUCCCUUGUCGUCUUCUGUUUACUGAGCAUGCGCGGUCAUUCAAAUUCUCACAACAGCGCUUCGCACUUCCUCGCGAACGAAGAUUAUUGGAUACUGGAACAUGUGGUUUUUUGACGUGCUAAUCAUUCAUAGUUCCUUCCAGUUUGUUUGUGUGUUUGUUUGUUUAUUCUGAAGAUAAGAACCACUACGAUGUGAUCGCAAAGCAGGGCCCAUUUGGUUUUUCAUUUCUUUCAUCUGGGCGGCAGCGCUCAACAUGUGAUCUAGUGCAGUAGUGCUUCGUGGUCAGUGAUGGGGCAGUCUUUUUCUUUGAAGUUCCUCAUGUGUCAAUGUUUGUGGCUGCUUUUCUUAUGGCUCAUCGCAAUGACCUUUGACACCGUGACGAGUGAGAUGGACGAACGAGCGGAACACGAACAGAAGUUGGUCUACGACUUAUUUGAGAAGAAUGGCUACAACCCCUUGAUACGACCGGUCAUCCACGAAAACGAUUCCUUGGAAAUUGAGUUCAACCUGGCCCUUAGCCAGAUCAUCAACGUGGAUGAAGUCAAUCAAGUUAUGAAGACCAACGUCUGGCUGCAAAUUUAUUGGCGGGACUACCAGCUUGGUUGGGACCCAGCUACAUACGGGAACAUAGACUCUAUACGGAUAAAACCAGAGAAAGUCUGGGUGCCUGAUUUUGUUUUGUUCAACAAUGCUGAUGGCAACUAUGAGGUGACCUAUAAAUCUAACUGUGUCCUGUAUCAUGACUCUAAAAUAAAUUGGAUUCCUCCGGCCAUCUACCACAGCUCAUGCUCCAUUGACGUCAUGUACUUCCCGUUCGACCAGCAAAAGUGCGAGAUGAAGUUUGGCUCUUGGACACACAAGGGUAACGCCCUGAAGUACACCUUCUAUCUCAACAUGAACAAGCUGGAUCUGACGGAUUACCUCAAGAGCGGCAGCUGGGACAUCAUCGACUGCCCUGGCAAGAUUGUCACCAUCAAGGAUAAGGUCACUGGAGAUGUGAAGGAGCUUAUCAUCUUUGAGUUCGUCCUGAGACGGAAGACGCUCUUUUAUACAGUCAAUCUGAUCAUCCCCUGCGUACUCAUCUCUUUUGUCAGCAUCUGCGUGUUUGCUCUUCCAGCUGAUGCUGGAGAGAAGAUCACUUUGUGUAUUUCAGUUCUUCUAGCUUUGGUAGUCUUCCUGCUGCUAGUCUCCAAGAUCCUUCCUCCAUCUCUGACCAUACCCCUCAUCGCCAAGUACCUCCUCUUCACGUUCAUCAUGAACCUCAUCGCUAUCUUCUCCACAGUGGUCAUCAUCAACAGAAACUAUAGGACUCCCAGGACCCACACAAUGCCGUACUGGAUAAGGGUCGUGUUUCUCCGAGAGCUUCCCAGGUUUCUUCUCAUCAAACGCCCGGAGCAUAUGAAGCGUUGGCAGGAAAAGACGCUCUCACCCCCGCCUUCUUUUAACUCCUCCCCUGAUCCCAGGAGAAUCGCUAUCCCUUUGCCACGCAGGAACGAAGUUCUUGAGCUGAGUGAGGUCCACCACCCUCACUGCAGGCUGGGAUCUCUGGGCCGCAAGGGGGAUAGAAACGGCUCUCAGGGGUGCAGCAGUGGGGAUACUUACAUCGGCAGACCAGCACAAGUGCCUGAUGACAACGCAGGAGGUGGGGAAGCUGACGACGGAAACGAGUCCCUGGAGUUUAAGAUGACGCCAGAGAUACACAAGACAGUGGAGGCAGUGAAAUUCAUUUAUCUACAUCUAAAACAAGAAGAAGAAUAUGAAACGGUCCUAGAGGACUGGAAAUACGUGGCCAGGGUGCUGGACAGACUACUCCUCAUCGUGUUUCUUUUGGUCACUCUGAUCGGCACUGCCAGCAUUCUACUGAACGCACCUCACAUACUGGAAUAUGUUGACCAGGACAAGAUCAUUCAGAAUGUUAUGGACUAUAUAGCAAAAGCCAAACAGCAGACGUAGAGGCUGGUUUCGUAAAUAGAGUACAACUUUCUAUAACCACACGCUCACGUGACUAAAUGUCUCCAUGUGCUGCUGCUGCUGGUCGUAGCAUCAAGUACAAACAAAAUUAUGGGAGUUAUUUGUGCGCACUGCAGCACCGACUACUUAGAUAUUAGCAAAACGUAGAUGGGAAACUGAGCGCCCAGAAACUAGUCUUAACAUACGGCCUUCUGUUUGUCUGCUUUCUGAUAAGAUGACCAUUUUCAUUGACAAAGAACACAUGCAAAUACAUUGUGUCGAAGGUGCAAUAACACAGGUGCAUGUGUCGAAGGUGCAAUAACACAGGUGCAUGUGUCCAUUAUGUAAUCAUUACGUGCACUGAUCAAAUUGGACAGUGGAACACUGUAAGCAAAAUAAAAAUGAAUAAAUUUGAUGGCACCAAUCACGUCGUACCAUAGACUAGAAAAAGCUCGAAGAAAAAAGUUUUCAUCUUAGGGUUUCACUCGCUCAAUGCUCUGCGUUUAAUGUACAUGCAUAUUUAUAAAUAAGGGUUAGGUUUUUAUUAGGGGCUAACUAGAUGGUCAGAAUUUGUUUUCUGUGCUACAUCUUUAUUCACAGUAACAAAAAGUUCCACUUGUAUGCGGGACCAAGUUACAACGAUCAUUCACAGUAUCAUUCAUAUAUAUAUAUAGCCUGGUGACCCGACAAAAUAGCGCCGACAAAAUAGCGCGAAAUUUCCCGACAAAAUAGCGCAAGAGAAAAUAGCGCAGACUUUAAUUUAAUCUGGAUAAAGUAACGAUGUCUAAAGUAUUUCUUUCGAAAGGACUGAAAAAUAUUUUUUCCGCAUUAUUUUGUCGGCGCUGUUUUGUUCGCGUUAUUUUGUCGGCGCUAUUUUGUUAGCGUUAUUUUGUUCGCGCUAUUUUGUUCGCGUUAUUUUGUUGGCGGUCCGCGCUAGUUUGUCGGGGAACCAUAUAGCCUACAUCUAAUGUGUACAUUAUUCUACUUCAUUCUACUAGGGAUAUAAAUGCGAGGCUUAAAAAAGUAUGAAAUAGAAUACUUGGAUUGGAUGUUUACAUGUCUAAAAGAAAGAAGAGAGAAAGAGUGCUGAAGAACUUUUUUUGUAGAGCAUAUUAUUUUAUUAUUUAGAUGCCUUCCUUUAACCCAGCCAUGUUGAUCAGUUUAUGAUUAAUAGAAUGAUUAUUAUGAUUAAUAGUAAACCACUGAAAGGGAGAACACCAAAAAAAUGCCAGGCAGCAAUGGGUUAAAAUUAUGGCUUCUUUUGGCUGUCAGUGUUUGUUUUAUAGUAGCAAGAAUAAACAAUGAAACAGAUAUUGUAUUGGCGUGCUAUUUUGUCAAGUAAAUGUCCCACAAAAGUUGGCAUUUUUGAACAGGAUACCAUUAGAACUGAUGCGUUCUUACACGUGCCCCCUUCCUUCGAAUUUUUUCAUAAUGUUGUCACUUUUUAUAAUUUAAAUUGAACACCGUUUCCUGUUUAUAUGUUUUUAUUGUUUUUUUACCUUUUCCAAGUUUCAACAAUUUGAUUUAUUGUUCAUUUUGAAUGAGUAGACAAUAAUUUCUUUCAGAUUGAUUGUGUGUUAACUCUUUUACACCCUACUUUAGUCCCCUGAUUUCUUGUUGCCAAUCUAUAAAAUACAUGUAUUUUCACCUGCGGUAUUUUACAUUUGAACAAAACAACAACUUUAAACUGGACAGUUUCUAUUUGUAGUUAGUGUCUUUCCAAUAUGUAGUGUCUACUGAUGACACCAAAAGUUGCUGUCGUAUUUUUUUAUUUUUUUUUACUUCUCUUCUGUGAGGUUUGUCUAGUUCAGUAGUUCUCUAUUGCUCUGUUGUCCAUUUAGUCUACUGUAGAACUGUUGUAUAGCUUUUUUAUAUUAUAUUUUUGACUUAUGGAAUAAAAAUGUUAUAU